GGCGUCGUGUGAGGCGGGAGGAUGCGCCGGGGGAGACGACGGCUGGCACCACGGAGGAAGGUAGUCUGAUCCCAGCAAAAAUACUGGAUGGACUAGGGGCAUGGGGAUCUGAAGACCUGUUUCUCCUAGAAGAGUGGUAAAAGAAGGAGAGAUGGGAAACCCAGAAAGCACUGGAGAUGCGUAUGUUGCUGUGAUUCGUCCAAAAAAUACUGCUAGCCUGAAUUCUCGGGAAUAUCGAGCUAAAUCCUAUGAAAUAUUGUUGCUUGAAGUUCCCAUCGAAGGCCAAAAGAAGAAAAGAAAGAAAGUUUUGCUGGAAACUAAACUGCAGGGAGGCACUGAGAUAACCCAGAGCAUCUUGGAUUAUGUGUUAGAAGCCACCAAACCAAUUUCACCAGCCAAUCAGGGUAUUAAAGGAAAGCGUGUAGUGUUAAUGAAGAAGUUUCCUCUUGAUGGAGAGAAGGCAGGUCAGGAGGCAUCACUUUACAUUGUUCCGACUGUUGUGAAAGAUAAUACAAAAUACGCUUACAGCCCUGGAUGCCCUGUGUUCUAUUGUUUACAAGACAUCAUGAGAGUCUGCAGCGAAUCCAGCACCCAUUUUGCUACGCUUACUGCGAAAAUGUUAAUUGCCUUGGAUAAGUGGUUGGAUGAGCGGCAUACCCAGUCUCACUCCAUCCCAGCUUUAUUCAGACCAUCUCCUCUUGAGAGAAUCAAAACGAAUGUAAUAAACCCUGCCUACGCUACAGAACCUGGCCAGACAGAGAGCUCAUUGCACAUGGGUUAUACUGCCCUGGAAAUAAAGAGUAAAAUGCUGGCACUGGAGAAAGCAGAUAUGUGUAUCUAUAAUCCUUUGUUUGGCUCUGACCUUCAGUAUACUAAUAGGGUUGACAAAGUGGUAAUAAAUCCAUACUUUGGUCUUGGAGCUCCAGACUAUUCAAAGAUUCAGAUUCCUAAAAGAGAAAAGUGGCAACGUAGCAUGAGCAGUGUCGCGGAGGACAAGGAACACCAGUGGGUAGAUGAUUUCCCUCUCCACCGCAGUGCUUGUGAAGGCGACUCUGAUUUACUAAGCCACCUUCUGGAUAAAAAGUUUUCUGUUAAUCAGUUAGAUAGUGACCACUGGGCACCUAUCCAUUAUGCAUGCUGGUAUGGAAAAGUUGAAGCCACUCGAAUGCUGUUGGAGAAAGGGAAGUGCAAUCCCAAUCUUUUGAAUGGCCAGCUCAGUUCUCCUCUUCAUUUUGCUGCUGGAGGUGGGCAUGCUGAAAUAGUACAAAUUCUACUAAAUCAUCCAGAAAUUGACAGACACAUUACUGAUCAACAAGGAAGAUCUCCACUGAAUGUCUGUGAAGAGAACAAACAAAAUGAGUGGGAAGAAGCUGCAAAACUGCUGAAGGAAGCCAUAAAUAAGCCUUAUGAAAAGGCACGUAUUUAUCGUAUGGAUGGGUCUUAUCGUUCCGUUGAGUUGAAACAUGGAAACAAUACUACUGUACAGCAGAUAAUGGAGGGGAUGCGUUUGUCUCAAGAAACUCAGCAAUACUUCACUAUCUGGAUCUGUUCUGAAAACCUCAGCCUCCAACUAAAGCCAUAUCACAAGCCUUUGCAGCAUAUUCGAGACUGGCCUGAAAUAUUCACUGAACUGACAAACUUGGAUCCUCAUAGGGAAACUUCACAGCUUUUCCUGAGAAGAGAUGUGAGACUCCCACUGGAAAUAGAAAAAAAGAUUGAGGAUCCAUUGGCUAUUCUUAUCCUUUUUGAUGAAGCCAGAUACAAUUUACUGAAAGGUUUCUAUACAUCACCUGAUGCCAAGCUGAUCACACUGGCCAGUCUGCUUCUACAAAUAGUCUAUGGAAAUUAUGAGAGCAAGAAACAUAAACAGGGCUUUCUAAAUGAAGAAAAUCUUAAAUCUAUAGUACCAAUCACUAAACUAAAAAGUAAAGCUCCUCACUGGACAAACAGGAUACUUCAUGAAUACAAGAAUCUCAGCACCAGCGAAGGUGUAAGUAAAGAGAUGCACCACCUUCAGCGCAUGUUCUUGCAGAAUUGCUGGGAAAUUCCUACAUACGGAGCAGCUUUUUUCACGGGACAGAUAUUCACCAAAGCAAGUUCAAGUAGCCAUAAAGUGAUUAAAGUAUACGUAGGAGUAAAUGUAAAAGGGCUGCACCUCCUCAACAUGGAAACAAAGGCUUUACUCUUAAGCCUCAAGUAUGGUUGCUUUAUGUGGCAGCUGGGAGAUGGAGAUACAUGUUUUCAAAUCCACAGUCUGGAAAACAAAAUGAGCUUUAUUGUGCAUACCAAACAGGCAGGUCUCGUCGUGAAACUUCUGAUGAAAUUAAAUGGCCAGUUAAUGCCGAGUGAAAGAAAUGAAUGAUGGAAAUGAACAGUAGUUCCGAAACUGCAUCUGAUGGCUAAGCAAAAACCAACUUGUAUCUCCUCGUAACAGAAGGCUUCCAUGAACAUGAAUUUUACACAAUACAGAAGUCAGUUUGUACAGUUUUUUAACUUUGUACAGAAGCUGCAUGGUUUAUUUAAAAGAAAAUAUCCUAUACAACGUAUCUAUUAUUUUUAUAAAUAUUUUUGUGGGUCAUACAUAAGCUAUUGUAGGGCUUUAGUUUAACCAAUAAAGCUAAUGAAAUGUAAAUGGUUGACCAAGAUGGACGAGCAUGAAUCAAGUAAGGCUUUUGUUCCCACAGGACUAUGGGACAACCAGUGCCAUUAAGCAAGUCUCAGUUAACCUGUUUACCUUUCAUGUAGUUCUGUGGAACAUCAAGGAGGCUGUAUAUGUUACAGUAUUUUGUAGACACACUUUAAGAUACUGUUGGUAAGUGUGACCAGUUAGACCUUUGAGCAACUACUUUUGAUAAACUUGCUUUUCAUUUGAUUUCUGAAAAACGUUACAGCUGGCCUUGGGUUUAGUCUUAACUUUCUUAUACUUUAUAUUCAUAUUUAUUCUAAAAUCCUGCAUGAGGAUGUCAAAAGGGAAGUAACUUUAAAUCACUCAGAAGCCAUAUUAUAUGUUUAGCAUGCUUGGGUUGGUUUGUUUUUUAAAUAAUGGAUUUUUACUUUUGCUGUGCAAUAUAAGAUGUGUAUAUGGAGGAGAAGGAGGUACAGAUUUACAAAUGAAUCUUACUCAGAGGACUUCAGAAAGUUUAAUAAAUCUUACCCUGGAUUGCAGCACAUAGGCAGUAAAUAAAAACUCAGAUAGGAGGUACUAAGUUAUUUCUGUUAAAACUAAUUUUCCUACUGAUUACUUAAGUUUCUUGAGGCUACAAGCAGUGCAGGAUGCAGAAAUGAAGAUUUAUAUUCCAAGGAAGUCAGACACAGUUGGUAAGCACCUGCCUGGUCUAUGCAGAGUCAGGAUUGGGUCUCAAUGAGCUGGGACCCUAUGCAAUCUGAAACAUAUCCUUGUACAUUAAAAUAGUAUCCAUAACACUUCAAAAUUUCUGGUUGUAUUUCAGGGGUUUAAGUGCACUUGACUGUUUCUUCCAUGUAAACUGCAUGCUAAACCAGUGUGCAAUAUUUUGUAAAAAAGUUUUUUUUUUUAACAAUGAAAAUUAGCACUUGCCUCUAAGUUUUCAAAUAAAAGCAAAAAUGAAUGUU